GUUCCAACGGCUCUCAGGAAGUGAGGACUUGGUGGUGGGGAAGAACCUGGGGAGCUUUGGAAGACUUCUCUACGCUUCUAUUUGAGAUAAUGUAUGCUGAAUUUAAGCACAGUAUGAUAGGAAGCUAUCGUAAACCUCCAGAUAAAAUAGCUAACCCUUCAUUUGCAUAUUGUGGAGCAGCACCUCAAGAUCAACUACCUAAGAAGUUACAACCUCUUUCUACUCCAAACAGCCAUGCUCUUUUAUUGGCUCUGAAAACCCUUCAGGAUAAAAUUUAUCAACUGGAGUUAGAGAGGACACAAGCUGAAGAUAACCUGAAUACCCUUUCCCAAGAAGCUGCAUUGUAUAAAAAAGCUUUGCAGAAUGAAAAUAAUGAACGAGACCUGGCACAUCAGGAACUGAUAAAGCAGAGAAAAGAUAUAAGUGCACAGCUCAGUGCUGCCCAGACUCGCUGUUCUAUUCUAGAGAAACAACUGGAACUCGCAAAGAAAAUGGUUUUUAAUGCAGAGCAGGAAAAGAUUUUUGCCCUAGAACAGCAACAGCUACAGUGGGAAAAGGGUCAGGAUCAGAUGAAGUUGAAUGCAAAACUUGAAAAACUUGAAGUCUUAGAAAAAGAAUGUGUCAGACUGACAACAACUCAGAAGACAGCUGAGGAAAAAAUUAAACAUUUAGAGCAAAAACUUACUGAGGAAGAACAUCAUCGUAAGCUAAUUCAAGACAGUGCUGCUCAGCUUCAAACUGGACUUGAAAUCAAUAGAAUUUUAAUAUCUUCAGUUCUACCUUCACAACAAACCAAGAAAAAGAAAUCCACAAAGGGGAAAAAAAGCUCAAAAAGAGGAUUUCAGCAGACUCAUUCAAAGCUUGGUGCCAUUGGAAAGUCUGCCAAUGAGAGUCAUGUUGUGAAUUCAAAUGUGAAGACCAUCCUGAAUAUGAUGAAACACGGAAAUUCACCUUCCCUUCAGGGAUGCCCUGAAGCAAAUGAACGCAGAGCUAUUAGUAAAAGAACCCUCCGAUGCAGACCCAUGUCCUCUUAUUCGAGUAAGUCUACCUCAACUGGUGAUGGUUUGACUGACCUAGUGAUGGCUAUGCAAGAUGAACUGGACCAAAUGAACAUUGAACACCAAGAACUUUUGAAGCAAAUACAUGGAAGUCCAACACUUUCAGCUAAUGAAGAAAUAGAAUAUGAACUGGAAUGUUUAGCUAGAAAAAUGGAAAUGAAAAAGGAGCAAAUAUGCAAACUGAAAAAAUAUCAAGACCAUGUAAGUAAAUUACAGCCAAAAUCUCCAAACUCCAAGAGUGAAGCAUUUGACAUUCAGUCAGAAGAGGAAAACCAUAAAGGAACAAAGAAGGUGCCAGUUGUGGUGGUCACCAGAAAAAGCACAAAUAAGACUAAGUCUCCUCAGAAAAACUGCAAAUGUCAAAUGCCAGAAAAGUGUUUCCAAAAGAUUCAAAUGACAUUGAGGAAAGAUGACGUCAAGUGGGAACAAUAGAACAGUGGUGUAAAAUUCAAUUUCGAUGAACCUUGCUGAUCAUUGGGAAUUUUUAAUUAUCUGAAGUGUAUUUUAAUUUAAUGUAACUUUUAAGAAUUUUUCCAAUUAUGUUUCAUACCCAUAAAUUAUUAAUUAAAUAGUAUUGUUUUAAAAAAUUAAUGGUGAGUGAUUUGAUAGGAAUUCUCUGGACUAAAUGAUGUUUUUUCCUUAUUCAUUAAAAUACCUUGUUAUGAUUUCAUCA